UUUUUAGAGCCGCCGCAUCUCCUAUCCAUUUGAGUUCCAUCUGAGCAACCGCUCUUCUCGUCCCUCGAUAUACUGACAGCUCCAGCGAUGAAGCAUGCGACCGGCUUCUCGGUCGCUUUGGUGAUGGCCCUGUGCCUCACCAUGACCUCACUGGUCAAUGGCCGCAUCGGAACGGAAUUUCCAUUUCGUGACGUGCACCAGCGUCGCCGCCCUGACGAUGCUUUCAACGGGCAAUGGCUUGCCUCCAACUACCAGAAUGGCAGUACAGCUCCCAAUGCCAUUCAAGGCGACUCACCUGGACAAACGCUCGUGAUUGGCGGAACCGGGGCCGAUGACGAUAGCCAGCGUCCCGGUUGCGACACCGCAUUUAUUGGGACUGCUCAGGUUCAAGGCUCUCCGGACGGUGGAUGGCAGGCGCUCCCUCAGGUCGUCGGGUUUGACGCCGACCGCAACACAUCGUUUGGAAAUGCAGUCAUGCCGAUCUACAUCGAGAGGGGCAAGGACUUUUCCAAGAUCAAGCGCGUCAUUGUUGCACAGCCAGGCAAGCCAAGAGACUCGUGGAAAUACUCUUCGUUGUUCCGCAACUCUCUCAUCUGCGCAGUGUCAAACAGCAGCAUGGCAGUGACGCUCGCUGACGUGCUCAUCGUGGCGCCCAUUUGGCUUGGCGAGUCCGACAAGAUGGCGGGUGCGGCUCAGGAGAAUGAUCUCUAUUGGACGGAUGGUGGCUUUUCAGUCGGCUCAUUGACCCAGGGUCCUGGCGGCCAACAGACGAGUAGUUUCGAGGUCAUGGAUGUUCUCAUCAAGAGGUUUGCCAACCAGAACGAGUUUCCUACCCUCAACAGUAUUGUCGUCGCUGGUCAUUCGCUCGGUGCUUCUUUGGCACAGCGCUACGCAAUGCUGCGCAAGACGGACGACACCACGGAGAGCCUCGUCAAGUAUUGGGUCGGAAAUCCGGGUGCUUAUGUCUGGCCGGCGGCAGGACCCAGCCGACCAGUAGCGCCGUCCGACACAUCUUGUGCUGCUCAGAUCGACGAUUGGGCAUACGGAAUCGGAGGGAGUUUGCCUGCCUAUGCAACGGCUGAUGUCAGCAAAGAAGGCGUCGAGGCGACUUACCAACGCUACCGCAAUCGAACUAUUCAAUACGCUCUUGGCCUCCUUGACGAUGGCCCUGGAGACACGCAUUGCGAGGCACAAUAUCAGGGCAAUAGCCAUCUCUCGAGAGGUCAGAAUAUGCAAAAGGCUCUCGAAGCCAUGGAUGGUGGCAUACCUGCGACGCAAUCUUUCAACUACGUUCCCAAUACGAGCCACCAGGAUUACCUCAUGAUGUCAGAUCCUGUCUCGCAGAAUUUUCUGUUUGUCGAGGGACUCGACGACAAGAGGACCGCGACUAGCAGCGUUGGCUCCACUUCGACAGGCACAACCGGCACUGACAGCAGUAGUACUGGUACUAGUACCAAGAAAGGAGCAACAGGCCAGACCACCUCGGGUCAGCCGUCGAGCGCGACAGCCCUGAUUAUCGGUUGCAACCUCACUGCUCUUGCUGCCUUUGCCGCUCUCGCAUUCAUGGCCUUCAUUCCUAUUUCUUGAAAGGAGUCGGUCUGGACACUGCUACCCUUCUAGCACAUCCUUGCCCUUCUCUCCACUUUGCCACACUCUAUCGCUUUACUCCCGAGCGCCAAAUGGCAUUCCAAUUAAGACAUUACAUCCUUCAAUUAUCUACGUCCAUC